AUGUCCACCACCACAACCCCAGCGCCUGUCAUCCCACCGACCAUGCGCGCCUGGACCUACACGCGCCGCGGCCCCGCCAAAGACGUCCUCCACCUCACCCCCGACCACCCAGUCCCCCACCUCUCCCCCAACACCCCCAACAUCCUCAUCCGCAUCACCCACGCCUCCCUCACCCCCUCCAUCGGGCGCCUCCUCCCGCACCUCCCCUUCCUCCCGCGCCCCAACGGCCCGCGCCCCUCCAUCCCCGAGCUCUCCUUCACCGGCACCAUCGCCGCGGCCACCCCCCUCACCCCGGCCCACCUCUCCACGCCGGGCACCCGCGUCUUCGGCAUGCUCCCGCCCACCGCGCACUUCCUCCACGGCGCCGGCACGCUCGCGCAAUACGUCGUCGCGCCGCCGGGCGCGGUCGGCGUCUGCCCGGCGGGGCUGUCGGCCGAGCACGCGGCGGGGCUCGACGGCAACGGGCAGACGGCGCUGCUGAUGUGCCGGCGGGCGGGCGUGGGGGGCGGCAGCCGCGUCUUCGUGCACGGCGCGACGGGCGGGGUGGGGACGGUGGCGGUGCAGGUGGCCAAGGCGGCGCUGGGGGCGCGCGAGGUGGUGGCGACGGGGUCCGGGGAGGAAGGGUUCGCGCUGGCGAAGGGGCUGGGCGCGGAUCGGGUGGUGGAUCAUCGGGAGUGCGGCGGGGGUGGGGGAGGCGUUGCUGGGUGGUUGGCGGCGGAGUACGGGGGGGAGGGCGAUGGGGGCAAGUUCGAUGCGGUGCUGGAUUGUGUGGGGACGCAGGUGCUGUUUGAGAGGAGUCCUGGCUUUUUGAAGGAGGGCGGGGUGUUUGUGAGCGUGGGCGCUAUGGAGGGGAUGGCCGCGACGUUGUUUUGGAACGUGCCGGUGAAUUACUGGUGGCCGAGGGCGUUGGGCGGGACGCCGAGGAAAUACAUCUUCCAGCAGACGCCUAUGACCACGGAGAGGAGGGAGGAGUUGAUAAAGCUGGUGCAAGAGGGUAAGCUGAAGAAGGCUGUGGAUAAUGUGUUUGACAUGGAGAAUGUUCUCGGGGCCUACGACCGAAUGCUCAGCCAAAGGGCAAAGGGAAAGAUUGUUGUGAAGGUUCAAGACGGGUAG